GCGACCAACGGUGACGGCGACGCAGCGAUUGUUUUUCUUCCUAUUAUCUUACGAUAUAUUGUGUUAUACUAUUAUUGUGUUUAACGAACGGCUUGAUCGCGGUGACGGUGGACAGGGCUGAUUAUUUUUAAUGUUUAAUUAUAAUGUGUCAUGAAUGUACCGCCGUUGUGUCGUUACCGCAACGAUCUCAACAGCACAAUCGCGAAUCGACAAGCGAGCGCAUACGCCGUAUUUUCACGGCCCUGGAACACAAUCGUCAACGUUGCACCCGUUCUCGUGCAUCCCUUGCUGUUGUCUGGCGUUUGCGCGUUCUUCCGGUGAGACGUCCAUCACACACGCGAUCCCCCGGAGUCUAGUCGACGCCAAAACGCGCGACGGUUAACAAUACUACCGCGGUAGAUUUUUGAUUGCGGAAGGACGACGUGUCGCGCGCCUGAACAUCCCGGACGUCUGAUACAGCACGGCCUCUACGGCGACGGUUUAUCAAUUCUCCUUGGAGCAUACGCACACCAACAAUGAAUAAAAAAAAAGACAAGUGGGAUAUUUGUCGGACCUGUGGUAAAUCAGGGGACAUUGAAAUAUUUGGUCGCGAUGGAGUGUCUUUGCAACUUGAAGAAAAAAUUAAUUCCUAUCUACCUAUUACGGUUUCAGUUAAUGAUAAUCUACCUCUCAAACUAUGUAGUGUAUGUAUCAGUCGACUAGAAAGUUGUCAUAAGUUGGUGGUAUCGACAAUAGAGAUGAAUAAAACUUUAGAAGAAGUAAUGAAAAGAAAACAGAUAAAAAACAAUUCUUAUGCAUUUGAUAAUAAUGAAGAUAGCAUUGAAGAUAUGGAACACGAAAACGCACAAAUGGAAAUUAUGGACAUAAAUUCUGCUGACGAAGAUGAUGGUGGUAUUGUUACAGUCAAAGAAGAAUAUUCAGAAUACGAGUCAAUAGAUAUCGUCAGUGUUGGUACCGAUGACCUUUGCGAUGAUGCAUCAGCUGACGACGAAGAGUUAAUGAUGAUUAAAAUUGAAGAAGAUGACUGUGAAGAAAGUGCUAAAUAUCAUUGUUCCAAGUGCCAAAGAGUUUUUGAAUCAGAGACUAAAAUGCGCCGUCACAUAUUUAUUCAACAUGAUCCCGGAGAAAUGGAAUGCUUUCAUUGUUUUGCCAAAUAUGAUUCUAUGUUGCAUUUUGAACGUCACAUUGCCACACACUUCUGCAGAAAUGAAUAUCUGUGUGAUUUUUGUCCUACUAUGUUCAAUCGUGUAUCUGGACUUCUAGAUCAUUUAGCCAAGCAUAAAAAUGAACGUCAAAGGUUUACUUGCCCAGAGUGUGGUAAAGUAUUGGCAAAUCGACUUUCUUUUACGACUCAUCAACGAACCCAUACGGGUGAAAAACCACAUGCUUGCAGAUUCUGUGAUAGAACAUUUUCACAAAUAUCAUCUAAACAGUAUCAUGAACGAACUCACACUGGAGAAACAACCCAUCACUGUGAAUUUUGUGGUAAAGGAUUCAAUUCAAAAUUGACACGUGAUACUCAUAGACGUAUUCAUACUGGAGAACGUCCAUUCGGAUGUAAACAGUGUAACGCUACAUUCCGUUGUUUGGCAAAUUUACGACAACAUGAAAUGGUUCAUGCACCAGUAAAGCCGUUUCAGUGCGAGGUAUGUUACAAGCGUUUUGGGCGACCAGAAAAAGUACGUGUUCAUAUGCGUACACAUACUGGCGAGAGGCCUUAUAAAUGUCCUAUUUGUGGCCGUGGUUUUACUCAGAAGAAUGAUAUGCUCAAACAUACUAAUGUGCACAAUAAACCAGCACGACGGACCAAUUCACAAAUUAUGAAAAAUAAUGAGGAUAUGAUGAUUUCUGUAAAUAAUUCUGUUCCCAAGUUUGUUAAUAUCAAAGAUCUCAAGGAAUUAUGCUUUGAUGUCUCUAACAGUUAUGACAGUUCAGAAAAUGAUACUAAUAGUUCAAUGACUUUAAUCGAGGAUCAAUAGUGACUAGCCAGUAGUUAGUUAAUUUCUAUAUACAUACAAAUAAAUGUAUUUAUUAGACAAAAACCAUUGUAAUUCAUUUAAAUAUGUCUUUAAGACAGACUACUAUUAAAUCUUAUAAC